UCUGGAGCAGAGCGAGUUACAGCGGGGCAGCAGAGCAGAGCAGAGCGGCGCUGAGCGAGGCAGCGAGCGAGCUUUCCCCCCAACUCGCCCGUCUCCGCCUGGGAAAGCAAUUCGGGCUAUUACCGCCCCCGAAAUGAAAAGCAGAGCCAGCCCUUAUCGCAGAGGACACCUUUAACUACACGGCGGACCCGACAGGACCCUCAUGAAUGGCUUAGUCCGAGAGUUUGUCAGCACUUUGAGGAAUGAGGGAGACGACGCUUCUCGCUCCCUCGUUGUCCAACGAGAGGACAAGAUGGCAGCUCAGCAAGUGUUUUGAGCAUGGUGUGGGUGCAUAUUAAAUCCCUGACAUGUUCAGAGAAGCCUCGCAUUUCGACGACGGUUGCUGGCUGUGAAGGUAUGGCCUCACAGGUUUUGGUCUGCCCACCGCAUGUGUAUCAACCCCAGACAAGUGCCUUUAGCAGUGUGAGGAAAGCGGAGGCCAGCAGCUGUGUGUACCAUGAGAAGACCCCUCGCACCUACGUGGUUGGCGUGAACCUAGGCAUUGCACACCCAACCAAUAUUGUCCCGACGUUAAAGACAGAAGUGUGGCAGGGCGUGAGACCCCGUGGUGCUCUUGACCCGUUACAGACUGUGUGUUCUUCGUCAGCUCCUGUGAGGCGUCACUCGCCGCACAGGUGUGUGGAGCCGGGGGGAGUUGAGGGGCGUGGCUUCAGCGCGGUCACAGCAGGUGAGGAGGACAGAGGAGACGGUGGUCAGAGAGUCCAGAAGGAAUCUUCUGGAGGAGCGGGUGGAGGUGAAGUUGAGGAGGGAGAGGAGGAGGAAGGGGAAGGGCGGGACGAGGAGGAGAAGAGAGGGAGGAGCGGAGGUUUAAAUUCUGUAGACGGAACCCUGCGAUGUGGGUUUAAACGCAAAGGUGAGGAGCUAGACAGUAAGAGUAAGAGCACCAUGCAGAUAGUAGAGGAACAUUCUGCACUACCUGCCAUGUUGCAAAGCAAUGUGGGAAGUACAGCCACAGGUGUGGUGCCCUCCAAACCCAGUGGGACAGGAGUGGGCGGGGCUGGUGCAGCAGGGGACGGGGACUACCAGCUGGUUCAGCAUGAAGUCCUGUAUUCCAUUAAGCACACCUAUGAGGUGUUAGAGUUCCUGGGCCGAGGAACCUUUGGGCAGGUGGUCAAAUGCUGGAAGAGGGGCACCAACGAGAUUGUUGCAGUGAAGAUCUUGAAGAACCACCCUUCGUAUGCACGGCAAGGCCAGAUUGAGGUGGGAAUUCUAUCCCGCCUGAGCGGCGAGAACGCGGAGGAACACAACCUGGUGCGGGCCUUCGAGUGCUUCCAGCACCGCAACCACACCUGCCUGGUGUUUGAGAUGCUGGAGCAGAAUCUGUAUGACUUUCUGAAGCAGAACAAGUUCAGCCCACUGCCGCUGAAGAUCAUCCGGCCUGUGCUGCAGCAGGUGGCCACAGCACUGAAGAAGCUGAAGAGCCUGGGUCUGAUCCAUGCUGACCUCAAGCCUGAAAACAUCAUGCUGGUGGACCCCGUCAGGCAGCCCUACCGCGUGAAGGUCAUUGACUUUGGCUCGGCCAGCCACGUCUCCAAAGCAGUAUGUUCCACUUACCUGCAGUCACGGUAUUACAGGGCUCCAGAGAUCAUCCUGGGCUUGCCUUUCUGUGAGGCCAUAGACAUGUGGUCACUAGGCUGCGUCAUUGCUGAGCUGUUUCUGGGCUGGCCACUUUACCCCGGCGCACUGGAGUAUGACCAGAUUCGUUACAUUUCUCAAACUCAAGGGCUGCCUGGAGAGCAGCUGCUGAAUGUGGGAACGAAAACGUCUCGCUUCUUCCGCAAGGAGACCGACUCACCGUAUGCAGCCUGGAGACUGAAGACAACAGAGGAGCAUGAGACGGAGACUGGAAUGAAAUCGAAGGAGGCCAGGAAGUACAUCUUCAGCUGUCUGGACGACAUUGGCCAUGUGAAUCUGGUGCUGAAUAUGGAAGGCUGUGACCAGCUGGCAGAGAAAGCAGACAGGCGGGAGUUUGUGGAUCUCCUGAAGAUGAUGUUGCUAAUCGACGCUGAACAGCGGAUCGCCCCCUUGGACGCCCUCAACCACCCUUUUGUCACUAUGCAGCAUUUACUGGACUUCCCCCACAGCAACCAUGUGCAGUCUUGUUUCCACAUCAUGGAUGUCUGUCACUCCAGGGGCAGCACGUACGACACAGUCAACCGUAACAAGGCUCCGCCCCCUCUCAUGAAACCAGUAACCCUAUCCAGUGCCCCCAACAUCACUGUUGCCUUCAACAAAAUGCACUCCAUGCACUCACAGGCUCUGCCCCCACCUGCUCCACCCGUGGUGCAUCCUGGCAUUCCCCUCCAGACCGGAAGUGGUCAGUUUGGCUGCACAGACUCUUUUCAACAAGCACUCAUUCUUUGCCCCCAGACUAUUCAAGGUGCUGCCCCCAAAUAUGGAAUUGGGUCGAACCCAACCCAGCCCUCGGGCUAUUCUGUCCGGAUGGAGAACACUCUAUCACUGGUGACCCAAGCCCCAGCCAUCCAGCCCUUACCCCUGCGACCUGGAGUCAUAGCACAGCAGCCGUGGUCCAACAGAACUCCACAGAUCCUGGUCCCAGCGUGGCAGCAAGUGGCCCCUCCCACAACUACACUUCCCUCAGACACUGUCCCACAGAGGAGAGGGGACUGGGGAAAAGUGCGCCCACAUAGCAGUCAUUACGGUUCCAUGAUCCCCCAACCACUCAUGCCCAAUCAAAUGGCUGUGUCAGCGCACCAGUCCAUAAACAUCGGCAUCGCUCAUGUCGUGUGGCCCCAGACUGCACCCAGUAAGAUCAGCAAGCCCAGUCAUAACAGGAGUGUGAAUGUUUCACAUUAUACUGACACACAGCACUCAGUGUGUCUCUCGCCAAAGACCCGGGACAGGCUGCGGAACCCAGUGGCGGCGGGGCAUUGUCCUCGGGGAAGGGAGGUGGAGCCUCGGGCAGCACAGGAACCAGAGCGGAUAGAGGAGACGGAGGACGUGAGCUGCUGUAAAGCAGGGAAGCGUUCUGAUGAGCAGCUUUCAGUAUCUAAUCAGCAGCGGGAAUCCAUAGUUAUUGGUGAAUCUCCAAGCCCGGCAGUCAGCGCCAUUAGCAUAAGCAGCGACACAGAUGAAGAGGAGGAAGUGACACAGAGAUGUUCACCCCACACGUGCAAGGGCAGUCCAGAGUGUGAGGCAUGUAAAGGAUCUCUCAAUAUGGAGCGCGUAUGUUCUCUCAGCAGCCCAGACAGCAGCCUGAGCACCAGUUCUUCAGCAUCAGCUCAGUCCAGCCCAUCACCCUGCAAGAGACCAAACAGCAUGUCUGAGGACGACGGUCAUGAGAGCGGCUGUGACACCAUUGAUGGUUCCCCAGCAUCGGACACAUCUCUGGGGCCAAACAACAGCCCAUUCCCGGAGAGACUGUUCAUUAACAACAACCAGAACCAGGAGGCCCAAGUACAGAGAACUGAACCGCAAGCAGAGCUGAACAAGCCUGCCGUGAGGACCAUGGUGGUACCUCCCCUGAGAGUGAUCAACAAUAACAACUAUCAGCAACACAUUCACCAGCAACCCAGUGGAGAAUACCACCACACCAGCACAGUCUUAGAGUCAUCAUGCCAGUCUCGCGGGCGCUGCGGCCCAGGACGGCUGAGCCUGCACUCCACCCCAACUCUGCCCCGCCAGCAGAAGAUCAACUCCACAUUCCAGCAGCAGCCGCUGGGCUUUGGCCAGGUCCAGCACUACGCCUCCUGUCACAAGGAGUGGAACGGCAACUACAGUCAGCCACCGCGCCGUCCGCAAGCCUUCAUCCCCCCCACAGUUCACGCCCACCCCUUCCCACCGCUGCAGCCCCAUGGCAGCCCCACACACUCUGCCGGCCCUCCGCACCCAACCGCCCUUCUGUCCUACCCACCCUCCGGCCCACCCGUGGCCCACCUGCUCCCCUCACCCUGCCCGGCUCCCCCCCAGCCCCCACGUCCUGUCCUGCAGCCCGCCUACAGCCUGGUGCCGCAGGGCCUCAGCGUGGGCAUCGACCCACGCCUACUGCCGUCGCCCACCCUGCACCCACCCGCGCACUUCAAGGCCCUGUUCCAACCGCAUUCGUACGUAGCCUCACCCGCUUACGCAGGGUUCCCCCUCAGCCCCACCAAACUCCCCCAGUACCCGUACAUCUGAGCUGCCGGAGCCCGAGGAGCAUGUGCAGCCGCCACUGAUAUAUGUAUAUGUAUACACACACACGCUCACAAACGCGCACACAUUUGGGUGGGUGGGUGUGUGUGUGAGAAAUAGCUAUUUUUUCUAUAUUGCCUUCUCUAAC